GCGGGGCGGGGCGGGCGCGCGCGGCCGGCGGCGGCGAUGAUCGAGCAGCACAAGCGGAAGGUCCCGGGCGGCGGCCCCGGCCCCGGCCCCGCUCCCGCCCCCGCCCCGGGCGCCGCUCCCAGCCCCGACCUCCCGCUGCUGCCCGCGGCGGCCAAGCGGCCCCGCCAUGAGCUGCCGGGGGCGCCGGGCGGCGGCGGAGGCGGCGGCGGCGGCGGCGGGGGGCAGCCCGCCCCCGGGGCCCUGCUGCAGGCGGGCCCGCCGCGCUGCUCCUCUUUGCAGGCGCCCAUCAUGCUGCUCUCGGGGCACGAAGGGGAGGUGUACUGCUGCAAGUUUCACCCCAACGGCAACACCCUCGCCUCCGCUGGCUUCGACAGGCUCAUCCUGCUGUGGAACGUCUACGGGGACUGCGAUAACUACGCCACCCUGAAGGGACACAGCGGGGCAGUUAUGGAGCUGCACUAUAACACAGACGGCAGCAUGCUCUUCUCAGCAUCCACAGACAAAACCGUGGCUGUGUGGGAUAGCGAGACUGGAGAGAGAGUGAAGAGACUGAAGGGCCAUACCUCGUUCGUUAACUCCUGUUACCCAGCGAGGCGAGGACCCCAGCUUGUCUGUACAGGCAGUGACGAUGGGACAGUGAAGCUGUGGGAUAUCAGGAAAAAAGCUGCUGUCCAGACAUUUCAGAACACGUACCAGGUCUUGGCUGUAACUUUCAAUGACACCAGUGAUCAGAUCAUAUCUGGAGGCAUCGACAAUGAUAUUAAGGUGUGGGACCUUCGCCAGAACAAGCUCACUUACACGAUGAGAGGACAUGCGGAUUCAGUGACAGGCCUCAGCCUGAGUUCAGAAGGCUCCUACCUGCUCUCCAACGCAAUGGACAACACAGUUCGCAUCUGGGAUGUGCGACCAUUUGCCCCUAAAGAGAGAUGUGUAAAGAUUUUCCAGGGGAACGUACAUAAUUUUGAAAAGAAUCUUCUGAGGUGCUCUUGGUCCCCAGAUGGGAGUAAAAUCGCAGGGGGAUCGGCCGACAGGUUUGUCUAUGUGUGGGACACCACAUCCAGGAGGAUUUUGUACAAGCUGCCAGGCCACGCUGGGUCGGUGAACGAGCUGGCUUUCCAUCCGGAGGAACCCAUUAUUCUCUCCGCAUCCAGCGACAAAAGACUCUAUAUGGGGGAGAUCCAGUGAAGCCGACGAGGAGAUGGCGGGAUUUGUGCCCUUGUGAUCCCUGGGUUACAGAAGUUGGAUUGACUUGCUUCUCGCCGGUGCCAGCCCCCCUCACGUUUGUGGCAGUGGGAAAAUGUUGAAGCAGCGUGAUGGGACAAGCCGCUCUCUCACAGCCUGCAAUGGCUGCGUGGUCUCGCUGUACAGCUUUUUUCCACAGCCCCUUCUUUGGGGAGAAAGAAAAAUUUGGAAUUGAAAGGAAUUUGGUUUUGGCUAUACCACUGACUAAAAAAACCCUUACCCAGAUCACUUGAAAUUGGUAAAAUUUGUUUAAAGUCCGUAUGUGGCUUGUACAUUCCCUGUCCAGUUUCUCUUGUUUUUUUAUAUGGUCAAACUGAAAUAGAUAGCUUUUUACAA